AUGGCGGCCGCCGUGAAAGUAUCGAGUAUUUUUCGUAAAAGCCUUUUCAAGGGAAAAGUUGCUAUAGUUACAGGUGGUGGCACUGGUAUUGGUAAAGCAAUAACAGAGGAACUUCUUCAUUUAGGAUGUAAGGUUAUGAUAGCAUCGAGGAACAUUGACAGGCUACAGAAAGCAGCAGAGGAAAUGAGGUUAACCAUUGUUCCUAAUAAACCAACAAACCUGGCUCAUAUGCAGUGCAACAUAAGAAAAGAAGAUAAUGUUGAAGAAUUGAUUUCAACUACUCUGAAUCAAUUUGGAAAAGUGGACUACCUGGUAAACAAUGGUGGUGGUCAGUUUCCGAGUCCUGCCAGUAACAUAUCAGUCAAGGGCUGGAACGCUGUGAUAGACACAAAUCUCACAGGAACUUUUGUCAUGUGUAGGGAAGUGUACAGUCAGUGGAUGGAAAAAAAUGGUGGAGUAAUAGUCAACAUUAUUGCUGACAUGUGGAAAGGCUUCCCUUCCAUGAGUCACACUGGAGCUGCUCGGGCCGGUGUGGACAACUUGACCAAGUCACUGUCUAUAGAAUGGGCAGCUGAUGGAAUUAGAGUGAAUGCUGUAGCUCCGGGAAGUUCCAUAUAUUCAGAGACUGCUGCAGCAAAUUAUGGUGAUAACAAAAUAUUUGAUCACAUGAUCGAUGUUUUACCGGUGAAACGACUUGGAACUCCAGAAGAGAUAUCUUCCUGUGUGUGUUACUUGUUAUCACCUGCUGCUAGUCUCAUCUCUGGAGAAACGGUCAAAGUAGAUGGUGCUGCUAGCUUGUACCAUACAAGGUGGGAGAUCAGGGAUCACAAGAAAAUACCAGCAUUCACAUGGAAAGAUUACAACCCGGAAGAUGAAGACGAUGACGGACCAAAAUCCAAACUAUAAAUUACUUUGAUGAAGUGAUUGCGUGGAUGUGCGAGUGGAAACUGUCGAGUGACUCAUAAUUACCGUGUGGACGGCAGCUGAAUUAUGAUUUAAUGAUGUCAAAUAUAAUCAAUUUUUACUUAAGUUUAGAUAGAACACCAGGAAUUUUUUGUUUUAACUGCAAUUGGUUGUGUUGAUUACAAACACAUUUGUAUACAGUUUUCAAUCUUAAAAAUACAAUGUGAAAAUAUUUUAAACAGUUUUAAUUUCUGAAGUUUCUGAAGUGUAAACUUGAAGAUCAAAGUUAGACCAUUAAAUUGAGGAUAUGAAUUAAUGAUUUAUUACAUUAAGACAAUAUGUAUAAAUAUAAGAAAAUGUUUGUGCUAAACAGUUCUAAUUUUGUACUUGAGGUAAAAAAUUAGAGAAAAUGGAAUAAUUGCUACAAUGUACCCUAGACAAUAUAUCCUUCCAUUUAUUUUAUAAGGCUAGCCACUGAGCUACAACUAGUACAAUAAGAUAUAUACAUGUAUAUAUUUGUUAUUUUCUCAUUAGCAGUCUUUUAUACCUGAAUCUACAUGUACUGUCUUUCUGUCUACACCAACUAAAGCUUCUUGAACAUUUGACAAUUUUUUUUUGAAAGUUAAGAUUUCAUUCAAGUUCUUUCCCGAACUGUCCAGAUUUAUAUCAUCAAACCAAAUGAUAUUCCCUGUAGCUGUGGAAUAAAUAGGAACUGAAUCUAUAUUUGUUGUACCUUGCUGAAGUCCAUGUUUGAUCGGAAUAAGGCUCUAUAGUGGACAAUCCAUUCAAAAGCUAUUCUUGUCAUACUGUGAUAAUCAAACGGUGUAAAUAUUUAAUUGUUGUAUUUCAGGAUUUGUAAUAUAUUAAUAAUAAAUGUAUUAUUAUGAACUGUU